UGUGGCGGUUGCAUGCUGUACUCGCGGCGGCCCGGCCCUCGCCCGGGAGUGCGUGUGUGUGCGCGCGUGUGUGCGCGAGUGAGUGUGUGCGCGGGGGUGCGCGCGCGGGCGGGAGUGGGCGCGCGCGGGGAAAGGCCCGAAAACACCUUAGUUUGCACCGAGAGACCAUUUGCAGCGGAAUCCGAAAGUUUGCAAGAAGAGGAUAGCGCGCGGCGAGCAAGCGGGCCAAGGGGCAGCGGCUGCGGCGCCGGGGACCAUGGUGCUGCCGGCGCCUCCUCCGCGGGCGUGAAGGCGGCACUCCCACUCCCUCCCCGGACUCCGCGGUGUCCCAGGAGCUUUUGCUGACAAUUCCAGUUUCCGAACGAAACAUUUGGGCAAUGGUGAGGGCUUCAAUCCCUUGUCUGAUUUGCUGUCAACCAUGAACGGACGGAUGUGAUGCCUGCUGGCCAAAAGGGGUAAGAAGUGACCUUUUGAGGUGACUAUAACAGAAGAUUGCUUUACAGAAGCCAAAAAAGGUUUUUGAGUCAUGAUGCAAGAAUCUGGGACUGAGACGAAAAGUAACGGUUCAGCCAUCCAGAAUGGGUCAAGCGGCGGCAACCACUUAUUAGAGUGCGGCGGCCUCCGGGAAGGGCGGCCCAACGGGGAGACGCCGGCCGUGGACGUGGGGGCGGCCGAUCUGGCCCACGUGCAGCAGCAGCAGGCGCUUCAAGUGGCAAGACAGCUUCUUCUCCAGCAGCAACAGCAGCAAGUUAGUGGAUUAAAGUCUCCCAAGAGGAAUGACAAACAACCAGCCCUUCAGGUUCCCGUGUCAGUGGCUAUGAUGACACCUCAAGUUAUCACUCCCCAGCAAAUGCAGCAGAUCCUCCAGCAACAAGUGCUGAGCCCUCAGCAGCUCCAGGUUCUCCUCCAGCAGCAGCAGGCCCUCAUGCUUCAGCAGCAGCAGCUUCAAGAGUUUUAUAAAAAACAACAGGAACAGUUGCAGCUUCAACUUUUACAACAACAUGCUGGAAAACAGCCUAAAGAGCAACAGCAGGUGGCUACCCAGCAGUUGGCUUUCCAGCAGCAACUUUUACAGAUGCAGCAGCUACAGCAGCAACACCUUCUGUCUUUGCAGCGCCAAGGCCUUCUAACAAUCCAGCCGGGGCAGCCUGCCCUUCCCCUCCAACCCCUUGCUCAAGGCAUGAUUCCAACAGAACUGCAGCAGCUCUGGAAAGAAGUGACAAGUGCUCAUACGACAGAAGAAACCACGGGCAACAAUCACAGCAGUUUGGAUCUGACCACGACAUGCGUCUCUUCCUCUGCACCUUCCAAGACCUCCUUAAUAAUGAACCCACAUGCCUCUACCAACGGACAGCUGUCAGUCCACACUCCCAAAAGGGAAAGUUUGUCCCACGAGGAGCAUCCCCAUAGCCAUCCUCUGUAUGGACAUGGCGUAUGCAAGUGGCCUGGCUGUGAAGCAGUGUGUGAAGAUUUCCAGUCAUUUCUAAAACAUCUCAACAGUGAGCAUGCGCUGGACGAUAGAAGUACAGCCCAAUGUAGAGUACAAAUGCAGGUUGUACAGCAGUUAGAGCUACAGCUUGCAAAAGACAAAGAGCGCCUGCAAGCCAUGAUGACCCACCUGCACGUGAAGUCUACGGAACCCAAAACUGCCCCUCAGCCCCUGAAUCUGGUAUCAAGUGUCACACUCUCCAAGUCUGCAUCAGAGGCUUCUCCACAGAGCUUACCUCAUACUCCUACGACCCCCACUGCCCCCAUCACUCCCGUCACCCAAGGCCCCUCCGUCAUCACCACCACCAGCAUGCACACGGUGGGACCCAUCCGCAGGCGGUACUCAGACAAAUACAACGUGCCCAUCUCUUCAGCAGAUAUUGCGCAGAACCAAGAAUUUUAUAAGAACGCAGAAGUUAGACCACCAUUUACAUAUGCAUCUUUAAUUAGGCAGGCCAUUCUCGAAUCUCCAGAGAAACAGCUAACACUAAAUGAAAUCUAUAACUGGUUCACACGAAUGUUUGCUUACUUCCGGCGUAACGCUGCCACAUGGAAGAAUGCAGUGCGUCAUAAUCUUAGUCUUCACAAGUGUUUUGUGCGAGUAGAAAACGUUAAAGGGGCAGUAUGGACAGUGGAUGAAGUAGAGUUCCAAAAACGAAGGCCACAAAAGAUCAGUGGUAACCCUUCCCUUAUUAAAAACAUGCAGACCAGCCACGCCUACUGUACACCUCUCAAUGCAGCUUUACAGGCUUCGAUGGCUGAGAACAGUAUACCUCUAUACACUACCGCUUCCAUGGGAAACCCCACUCUGGGCAACCUAGCCAGCGCCAUACGGGAAGAGCUGAACGGGGCGAUGGAGCACACCAACAGCAACGAGAGCGACAGCAGCCCGGGCAGAUCCCCUAUGCAAGCCGUGCAUCCUGUACAUGUCAAAGAAGAGCCCCUGGAUCCAGAGGAAGCUGAAGGGCCGCUAUCCCUAGUGACAACAGCCAACCACAGUCCAGAUUUUGACCACGACAGAGAUUACGAAGACGAACCAGUACAUGAGGACGUGGAGUGAACAUCUGGGCAGGCCGACCCCAAGAGCGUGAAGAUUGGGGGGGGCACACAAGACAAAACACGUCAAAAGUUUGCAGUGAAAUCGUUCUCCAUUGGUUGUACAGUGUGGAGGAUUUUUCACUGCAUUUUGACAACUCUGCAAUGUGUUAACUCUUAGUGCCAUCAAGAAUCCCAUUUGGGAGUAUUUUUGAUUUUUCUACUUUUUGUUGAAAAAAGGAAUUUGUACUCUGUGCAUUGGAUGGACUUGUUUGGUACUGGGGAUUUUCCUCUCUUAACAGUCAACAUCAGUGUUGUAAAUUUGCUAAACUGAUUCACUUUUAGCAGCAGACUUUGAACUGCAGUCCUGCCGACAUUGGACAGUGAGGACACCCAACUGAGCAUGUGCACCUAAGCUGCAGACCACGCCUCUGCCCAGAAUUUAAGGAUUCCAAUGGACGACCUAUUUGCACAGUACUGCAUGUUGAUUAUCACUGCCUUUACUCCAUUUUUUUUUUUUU